AUGCUUUCCGCCGAAGAAAUUUUUCGCGUAGAGAACUUGCACAAUGAUUACUUUCAUACCUACGGUAAUACCAAAAGCGCCUGGUCCUUGGAGUCUGGAUACGAGAGCAACAGUACUGCCGAAUCAUAUCCAUUUAGAGGCCUGGUUCACGAUUUUGAUCUUACAUUACUGACAGAUGUUCGGGAUAUAGAUAGAAGAUGUCGAGGGCCAGUGCAGGGCUUUCAGAUCUGGUUGCAUAAUCCCGCCGAGCUGCCGCAUAUGAGUCAAAACUUCUUCAGAUUGUCUUUGAAAUACCAAUCAAAUGUGAUAGUCAAACCGAUAUUAACGAAAACUUCUCACUACCUAGUGGAUUAUUCUCCUCUCAAGCGACGCUGUUAUUUUUCAAAAGAACGGUAUCUCAAAUACUUUCGUACAUAUACAGAGAGCAACUGUCGUUUGGAAUGCGCUGCCAAUUACACCAUUAAGCAAUGCGACUGUGUUCCUUCAUAUUUGCCUCACGGCCCAAAUACAAAAAUUUGUGGUGGCGGGAAAUCGCAAUGCAUUAUUGAAGCUUUAGAAGAGCUAUCACUUGCGAAUUCAAAAUUAGAUGUGACAGCAAAUGAAAAAAAUAAGGCGUGCGGAUGUCCAAAAGCCUGUACGGAAUUAAAGUAUAUAACAGAAGUCUCGCAGGAUAUUUACGAUAUUGCAACCAUGGGAAAAUUGUUUAAUCCAGAUAAUCCACAAGGACGGCGCGUGCCAUCCGGUUUAACGAUUAAAUUGGCUAAAGAAAAAUUUACUUCAAUGCGACGUUCGGAACUGUACAGCACCGUUGAAUUCCUCGCACACUGCGGUGGGAUAAUGGGCCUUUUCAUUGGUUUCUCGAUCUUAAGCCUGAUGGAGAUAGUCUUUUAUUUCACCUUGAGGUUAUGGUGUGUGAUAGUAAAAAAUGAU